CUUGUGCCUGCGAAGGAUUGCUCGACUCAGUUCGUGUCCCGACUUGGUGAAGGAUGGUUCGUCUGUGAUUUCGCUCUCAAAUAAACAUCGAGUUAUCGUGUGUUAAUGUACUUAAACAACAUUCACAUCCCCAAAGACUCUAGAUUAUUCUAAUUCCCCCGAUUAUAUCCGAAAUAAAGGACUCCCCGAGCGACUCGAACCCCUUCAAUUCCUGGAAAUCGUCGUCUCUCGGACGUAAACAAAAACUCCAGACAUCCGUGAAUUUUCUAGUGACCAAACCAGUCUGUUAUUGUGAUCAUUUACCACAUAAUAUCUGUAUGAAAGUUGAGUGUAAGUACAAUUAAUUCCUUAUGCCGAUGACUUCUGGACAUUAUUUCCAUUGGCACGAGAAAAUGGACCAUUAAUUUGUCGAUUCGUCACUCGCAUUAUCGUCAUUAUUCGUCCCUGUAUUGCCGUUGUUAGUGGCCACUGGAUACAUAUCACAACGACUUAACAUCUUUUAAUUUUUCACUGAUACUGUACCGGGUCGCCUUUAGUGAACUACACGCGGGGAUAAAAUGGCGCUUGGCCUCAUCCUACGCGCACCUCUAUCGACCGUGACAAAUUAUUCAACAGCAGUGGAUGAGACCGAUCGGUGGAAUUAUUAAAGAAAUAUUUUUUUUGUUUAGUGCCGGGCAAAAUUUUGUUGUGUGUCGGGGGGACGGGGGAAUGGAAAAAGCAUUGUGUACCGAGGAAAAUAGGUGAAACAUUCUAGUGAGUGAAUCUUCAGUGGAAGGAGAAUACGAGAGGUGAUUUUUGUUGAUUCGAGUGUGGGAUUCUUGGAUUCUUAAAUUUUAUUUUGGAAUACCGGUUCGUACUAGCGAUUCAUCGGCUCCAGGGAUCAUCAACUGACGAGAAAUAUUACGAUGACCGGAAGACUAUCACAGCUCAGGCUUUAAUUAUUCGAAAUUUGUUGAAAGACUUCAUCGGUUCUCCAAAGAGGAAGAGUGAACUAAAAUCAGCGCAGAAGUCGCCGAUAAAUGGCAAAUAAUAGGAGAGGAAGAGGAAUGUCGGCCGCUAUUGGAGUUUAAAAAGAUUGCUCAUGUGAAAAGAGUUGACAGAAAGAAACCGGAUAAGAGAAAGAGGAUGCGACGGAUCACGUUUCGUUAAUCAAAAAAACCCAAGAAUCUUCGAAAGGUCCAGCUCGUUUCUCAAAGUCCCGUAGAGUCCGAAUUCGUUGGCCGUUUGAGUGUGUUUUUUUUUGUGUUCUAUUAGUGCUCAAUAUUUUAUUAAAUUUACUAUAUGCGGGUGGUAGAUGCUCGUGGACUUGAAAAAGCAGCCGUUGUACCUAGGUACAUGGCCAGUGGACCAACUGACUGGGGGUAUAUAAAGGUGUUUCAAACAGUGUUGAGGUACUGCUGAAGCAGCAGCUGAAGUGGACGAUGAGGAGGUAUGAGUAAAGCCCGUUGAUCCAUCAGAAGGACCAGCGGGGGGAAGAAGACCCAAUUUUAUCCACUGGUCUUCCUCUAACAUUUGGAAUUUCCGAAAGUUGUGGCUUCAAUCCUGUUAAAUAGCUGGGAAUAAUAUGGCGGGGUGGAGAGUCAUCGUAACUUGUGUUACUGCCAUUGUUGCUGCACUUAUCACUUGUUUAAAAGCUGAACAAGUUGUUUUACUGGACACAACCACCGAGGAAAUUCUGGAUUGGACGAAAUAUCCAUACGGACCUCAAGCUACAACACCUGGGUGGGUAGAAGAAUCAUUUACAAACUUCGACAAAGGUAUCAACUGGCGGAGUUAUGUAGUGUGUGACGUUGCUUACAACAAUGUUAACAAUUGGCUGUGGACACCAUUCAUCGAGCGUGGACCAGCCAAUCGUAUGUACAUCGAAAUUAAAUUUACAACAAGAGAUUGUUCACUGUUCCCUGGUAAUGCACUGAGUUGUAAGGAGACAUUCUCGUUACUGUAUUACGAAUUCGAUGCUGCUACUAAGGAACCACCGCCAUGGGAGCCAGAAAGCUAUAAAUUGAUCGGUCGGAUUGCAGCCGGCGAAGGUCGAUUCAACACAAACACAGAAGUUGUGAUAAACUCAGAAGUAAAAUCAAUACCCGUAACUAAAAAAGGUGUAUACUUUGCAUUCAGAGAUCAGGGCGCUUGUAUAUCGAUACUAGCUAUCAAAGUAUAUUACAUCAGUUGCCCGGAGGUAUCAGUGAACUUUGCCCAUUUCGCAGCAACGCCAACCGGCCGUGAAGUUACACUUAUUGAACAAACAAUUGGCACUUGCGUUGAAAAUGCGGUGAAAAUUGAUCAGCCAACGUUUUUGUGCAAAGGCGAUGGUAAGUGGUAUCUUCCCUCAGGUGGUUGCCACUGUAAACCAGGUUAUCAGGCUGAUGUUGAGAAGCAGCAGUGCAUUAAGUGUCCAAUUGGUAAAUACAAACACGAAGCUGGAUCUGAAACUUGUGAGAAGUGCCCAGCUUACAGUACAGCGACCGAUUAUGGAUUUGUUGAAUGCCGGUGUGACGUUGGCUAUUUCAGGGCGCCCAAGGAUCCCAAGAGUAUGCCUUGUACACAACCACCAUCGGCCCCGCGGAAUUUAACUGUCAACUUUGUGGAUCAGUCAACGGUGAUUCUAUCCUGGAAUGCACCGCAUAUUCUCGGCGGAAGGUCGGAUACAACGUACAGAGUCGUUUGCGAUGCCUGCAGUACAGGCGUCAAGUAUAUUCCCAACACCGAAAUUUUCAAUGACACAAAGAUCACCAUAACUGGACUGAAUGCAGUGACGACAUAUCGUUUCCAAGUGUUCGCUGAAAAUGGUGUAUCACCGCUGUCUGGUCGCUCGGAAUCUGUGGAUAUUACGGUCACAACCGAGGCUAGUGUACCGAGUCUCGUGAGCAACGUGAGAAUUACAAAUGUCAAAAGUAGUGAGUUGAGCAUAAGCUGGGAUGCACCAGUUACAGAAAUCACCGGAGACAGUGAUUUGGUGGAGAGAUACGAAGUAAGGGGAUAUCCGAGAUACGACGAUGCAACAAAUGCAACAGUUCUCCAAACUCACGAUUUAUCAGCAACAUUUAAGGGAUUAAAACCUGCUACUGAUUAUGCUAUUCAAGUGCGUGCUAAAACAACACGUGGAUGGGGAGAAUAUACUCCGGUGAUUUACAAGAAGACUGCCCAUGCCAUGGGACUAGAUUAUGUGGGGGAUGAUGACAAUAUGCAAGUUCGAAUUAUUGCUGGUGCCAUUGUCGCCGUUGUUGUUCUAUUGGUGAUAAUUAUUAUCAUGACGGUACUCUUUCUGAGAAGCAGAGCCUCGGACGAGUGCAACAAAAAACAGCCCAGUGACUGUGACACUUUGGAAUAUCGAAAUGGUGAAGGACUAGUUGUGACCUACAUGCACUGCAAAAUGGACAGUUCACCGAUUGUGACAACCCAUACCAACAACAAGAGCAAGUCCUCGCUGACAACCCCGCUCUUCACGCCUGCAGUGGGAGUGACAUCAACUGGUGCUGGUGGGGCUGGUGGUACCGGUGCACGAAGCUACGUUGAUCCUCACACGUACGAGGAUCCUAAUCAAGCUGUACGUGAAUUUGCCAGAGAAAUUGAUGCUGGAUACAUCACUAUCGAGGCGAUUAUUGGAGGUGGUGAAUUCGGUGACGUAUGUAGAGGAAAAUUAAAACUCCCACCAGACGGUAGAACCGAAAUAGACGUUGCGAUAAAAACCCUGAAGCCAGGGUCAGCGGACAAAGCUCGAAAUGAUUUCUUAACAGAGGCAUCAAUAAUGGGUCAAUUUGAACACCCAAAUGUGAUAUUUUUACAAGGUGUAGUAACGAAGAGCAAUCCAGUGAUGAUAAUCACGGAAUUUAUGGAGAAUGGAAGCCUCGAUACAUUUCUACGCGCCAAUGAUGGUAAAUUUCAAGUACUACAGUUGGUUGGUAUGCUCAGAGGUAUAGCAAGUGGUAUGCAAUAUCUCGCGGAGAUGAAUUAUGUCCAUCGCGACUUGGCAGCGAGAAAUGUACUUGUUAAUGCUGCGCUGGUCUGUAAAAUUGCUGACUUUGGGUUGAGUAGAGAGAUCGAGAGUGCUACUGAGGGAGCUUACACGACGAGGGGUGGGAAAAUACCGGUGCGAUGGACUGCCCCCGAGGCAAUAGCCUUCCGCAAAUUUACAAGUGCAUCGGACGUAUGGAGCAUGGGAAUUGUCUGUUGGGAAGUGAUGUCCUACGGCGAGAGACCGUACUGGAACUGGUCUAAUCAAGAUGUGAUAAAAUCUAUUGAAAAGGGCUACAGGCUGCCGGCGCCAAUGGACUGUCCCGAGGCCAUCUAUCAGCUGAUGCUGGAUUGUUGGCAGAAGGAGAGAACGCAUCGACCAACAUUUUCCAAUUUAACUCAAACUCUCGACAAACUCAUCAGGAGCCCUGAUACUCUCAGGAAAAUCGCCCAAAACAGAAUCAGAGAACGGGGUGCACCACCCCCACCUCCGCCUGCCUCAUCGGCAUCCACAGUGCAUUUCAAGACAAGGGGAACAAAUCCACUGGCUCCGGACGCGGUGGAUUUGACACAAUUGACAUCUGUCAAUGAAUGGCUAGAGUCAAUUAAAAUGUCACGUUAUGCCCAAAGUUUCGAGAGAGCUGGUGUAACGACACUCGAGGCAGCAGCUAGAGUAACAGUACAAGAAUUAACAGCCCUCGGUAUCACUCUCGUUGGUCAUCAGAAGAAAAUAAUGAAUAGUGUGACAGCAUUGAGAGCUCAAAUGUCAGCGACUUCGCAGGGUUUUCUCGUUUGAACAGAUCUCGAAAAAAAAUAAAUAAAUACUCAAACAUUUUCAUUAAGUGAAUUUUUCAAACGAGACAUCCGACACAUUCCAUUCAAAUUGGAACGUCUGAGACACUCCAAGGAACCAGUAUUCUCAUCCAUAAUAGCUUCAUACGAACUAGUGAUUAACACGGGGAAAAAAGCAUAAGAACGAUGAAAAAUCACUGCCUCAAUUUUUAAUUAAUUUGUAUGUUCCGAAGAGAUACUCGGUUUCGUUAUUACUCAAUGUAAAAAUACUGAUCAACUUUCGAUAUUAUCUUGUAAUAUUUUUUCACGUUGUAGUUCCACUUAUCGAAUGUCUUAUACAGCGAAUUCUUGUCAUGUAUAGCCUACAUUAAACAACGAGCGAUUUCGAAUGGCCUAGAUAUUAAGGCGCAGUUUUCUAAUUUUUGUUUUCAUUCACUGCGAAUGGUGACAUGAGAGGCAACUAAAAAACCAUUGAACGAAAUUGUAAUAACAUGAGGGGGAUAUGUUUGUGCCAAUUUAAAGGAAUUUCACACAGCCGUGGGAAAUUUUUUAAUGUUUUGUUGAUGGUUGGAUCGAUGAGGAAAUCUGAAGGAUUAACGUAGUCAGACGAGUGUUGUUCUGAAAGAACAUAUCAAGAAAAUAAUUUAAUACGAAAAAUAUGAAGUACGAAGUCCAAUCGCCAUUGCUGGAGACGGAUAUCAUCUGAUAAAUUAUUUGGCUGUAAUAUUUGUGGAAAAUUAUGGUGGGCCAUUGAUGGGUAAUUGGACUGAAUCAAUUGAUUUCCUUCGUUGAAUGGUUUUCACGUUCUCUCAACAUCGGUUUGACCUUGGAAUUUCCAAAUAGAAAAAAGAAAAAAAAAAAGACUGUCUCCAGAAUCAUUUGUAAUUCCUUCUAAGACCAUUCUUUACGUUAAUUUGGCUUCAAUCGUCGAACGAUGUUUGCAAUGUGAAAGUGAAACUCAAGAUUGAAUUAUAAAUUUUUGGCGAUUUUUAAAUAUAAAUUAUAUUAGUCAGUAAGAAUUACCCGGAGAUUGAAAAUAUAAGAGAGGUAAUAGUCAUUGAGGGAGACAACGGCAUUGAGAUUAUGUGAGUAAUAUACACAUGGAAAUUCAGAUUUUUAUAUAGAGAAGAUGUUAUAUAAAUUUAAUAAAAGAAUUUCAAAUGACGAUAUUAAUUAUCACUAGCGCUACCUUCUGGAGGUUCAUACGACAAAUUUUUUAUAUCAUUUAUCAUUUUUCAUUAAAGAAACGGAUGGAUAGGGAAUUAAAAUGGAGAGUCUUCAGCCAUAAAGAGUAUUUCAACGUGAAUUAUUAUUGUACAUAUGAAAUUCAUCACAGCUUCGAGGAUUUAAAAAUCAAAUAAAUCGUUAAGACUAUUAGGUGAUCCUAUCAUUAACUAUUAUCAUUGAUUAGCUAUUUCUGUAUUUUUUAUCCAAUGCUAGUAGUAAUGUCGUGUAUAUUCGCGGGGGGAGGUCAAUUUCAAUGAAGGUAUUUUUUUCUUUUUUUAAUUGAACAGCUGGUGGGGAAGAAAAACGAAUGUCUGACUUUCAUACACCUCUUGUAGACAUUUUUAAAUUCUAAAAAUCUUCUGAUAGAAAUGAACGAUUACGUGAAUUUCAAGAGAUCAUCUGUCUUAACGUGUUCGUUAAUUUUUUAAUUUAACAUAUAUUUUUAUUUUUUAUCAGACGUUUUUUGCUGUGAUGUAACGACGUUCAACAGUCCCCUGGGCCUUUAAAUAAAAGAAGAAAAAAGGCAGGAAUGGCGUUCGUUACAGAAGAGAGUCAGUUUUUAGGAACAUUGCGCAACUAAUUGUUUCAUAUUGUCGGUAGCAAAAUUUAUAAAUAAAAAAAUGUUGAAUAAAAUGUAUGACUGCGAAUAAUACUAUCCGAUGCCGCGCUCUCUACUUAAUUUUUAAACAAUUAGAACAAUGCCUCGAUAUUAUUUAUUUUAGGAAAUUAUAAAAGUGAAUGAAAGCUCGGUGGGGAAUAUUUCAAAAUCCAAAAUUCCGAUAAACUAUUUAUUUGAUGCUCGUGUUUGGACUGAGUCAAUAAAAAAAGGGAUAAAAUGGCGUUGAAAACGUACUCUUCCUUUUUUAAAGAAUAAAUUAUUACUAUUCCAGAGGCAUGUUUAAUUUAUAAUCGAGAAGUUUUUGGUGGAACUUUGGACCUUAUAAACAAACACGAGGAAAGAUCUUCGUGAUAAAUUAUUUGCUAUUAAUUUUACAAUUUAUGACCCUGAAAAUUAUAUGGCAAACAGCUGAUGGAAAUUUUCUGCUAAAGUACCUGCUUCGGAUUUUUUUCUUUAAAAAAAAACUUGUCUUUCAUUUGAUAAUGAAAUUGUGACGAAGUAAUUCGGUGGGAAAACGAUAUGUAGCUGAAGAAUAAUGUGAGAAAUAUAAUGAGGUAGAACUGAGCGACGAAUAAAACCAGGUACCGUCCCGUAAACCUACAGUCAAAUGAGAUUAAGAUACUUCCGACAAACAAUUUUCUAUUCUUCCAUUUUCAGUUGAAACUCGAUAUAAAAAUUGAGAAUGGACGAUCCUCUAGUUCUUUAUUGUAUAAAAUUGUCACAAAUUCUAAGCAAAUAGAGAUAAUGCCCAGGAAACAAAAAUAUAUAGAGACGCAUAGAUAUGGAAGGUGAAAAAUGGGAGUGAGAAAAUUAUUAUUGAGUCUUGAAAAAUUGUCAGAUACAUUUGAGGAGGCAAAACAUUUUUUUCCUAUGGUGUUGUCAAAAUGAUGUUAAAUGUACAUAAGAUAUAAUAAAUAAUCUACCUUA